CCCAGACGCGGAGGGGCCGAGUCCAAUGCAGGCACCGGCGGGGAGCAGAGGGGACAGUGCGGAACCGGGAACCGUGUCCCGCAGCAACGACUCGAGGUGUCCAGCCAUCUUUCCCGGGUCUCGGACACUCACCCUCCGGGGGACCCUGACAAGCAGGAGGAAGGGAGAAGCAAGAGCCCAGCUACCGCCCCCUCCCCCCAGCCACCCCCAGCCACCCCCAGCCACCAGUUCACUGCGAGGAUCUGGCCGCCUGGCCCAUCGGGUCACCACCAGCAUGAGCCUGGGCAUCAUGGAGGAGGACGAGCUGGCCGAGUACUUCCGGCUACAGUAUGGGGAGAGGCUACUACAGCUGCUGCAGAAGUUCCCCAACAUUGAGGAGCAGUCGGAGUCCCCAUCCAUCCGGCUUCUGGAGAAGAAGAAAGAGGCCAAGAUCAUGCACACUGCUAUGGAGCAGAAGAAGGAGAUGUUUCGGCGCCGGAUGGAAACCCUGAAUCUGCGUUGGGAGGAGCUGGGUACCAAGGAGGCCCAGCUGAAGGCUCACAUCCAGAAGUUCGAGCAGUUCAUCCAGGAGAACGACCAGAAACGGAUCCGCGCCCUGAAGAAAGCCAACAAGGAGCGCGAGCUGAAGAGGCAGCGGGUGCGCGAGCUGGCCAAGGUCAAGCAGGAGAUGGGGGCCCUGCGGCUGCAGCACCAGCGGCUGAGCACCAGGAUGCAGGAGUUCUCCGUCUUCAACAAGUACCUGGAGAAGGUGGUGGAGCACUCGGAGUUCGAGGAGAUCCACGAGGUGAUUUCACGCUACAAGACGCUGAUAAGCAUGCACCACGACCUCAUGCAGUCGGCGCAGGAGGGCCAGGAGAAGAUCGAGCGCGCCAAGGCACGGCUGGCACGCUACAUGGAGGAGAAGGACGACGAGAUCCUGCAGCACAACAACGAGCUGGCGCGUCUGCAGAUGCGCUUUGACCGAGCCCGCAGCGACGUCAUCGUCUGGGAAUCUCGCUGGGCACACAUCCAGAACACGGCCGCCAAGAAGACCCUCUUGCUGGGCACCAUCAAGAUGGCGGCACUGAACCUCUUCCAGAUCGUGAGCAAGCAGCUGAAGGAGACCGCCGCCGUGUCCCUGGAGGACACCCACAAACAGCUGGACAUGGUUCCCAGGUGAUGGUGCUGGUCUGGCUUCCACGCUUUGAGAACCACGGCAUCAGCGCUGAGACCCUUUUGGCCCCGGUGAACGCGGGCCCCAGCGGGGACCCACGAUUGAAUUCAUCGCUGGUGCAAAAACAGUCUUCUUAGAUUCUAGAGACGUGCUGAAAGCUCCGUGCCUGGGGCCCACGCUUUGGGAAAAGAAGAAAUUGGGGGUGGGGGGAGUCAGCAAGUCUAGGAAAGUGUUGGUGUCUGUCUUAUUAGGGGCACCCUGAGAUUCUUCUCUUUGAAGUAACUAAAAGGAAAUUGGAAAGGAAAUAACUUUCUCACUAUGCUUCAAGCCAUGUGAUGCUGUGUGCACGUGCCACCCCAAAUCGUCUCCCUUCCGUAAAUGUUUUUUUAACGUGUAUUUAUUUUUGAGAGAGAGAGACAGAGCGUGAGCCGGGGAGGGGCAGAGAGAGAGGGAGACACAGGAUCCGAAGCGGGCUCCGGGCUCCGAGCCAUCAGCACAGAGCCCGAUGCGGGGCCCGAACCCACGAACCGCGAGAUCAGGACCUGAGCCGAAGUCGGACGCUUCACCGACUGAGCCACCCAGGCGCCCCAGAAUCAUCUCACUUCCCACCAAAGGCACAGAUAUCCCGCACUUUGGGGAGCUCUGUACCAGAAGACGGGUUAGCCAUACUUCCUGUCAGAUGCGCAGAACCAUGACUAAUUAUUUGUUCCUUUGGCAAAAGCCUUGAGUGCUGCUGUCAAAUAACAGAAAGCUCCUCAAGACUGGGGUCUGUGUUUGUUUAGUCGUUUGCUGUAUCUCGGUGUCUAGAACAGUGCCUGGCACACAGUAGGCGCUCAAUAAGCGUUUGGUGAGUGAAUAUCAAAUCCAAGCCAACGAAAGCAAUGGGCCAGAAGGCAUCUCCCCUAUUUAACAACAACAACAACAAAGUAAAACCCGUGAAAUCUAAAGAUUUCACCCCGCUGACCAGCCAGGAGGAGGGAUUUCCUCAACCCGGAGAAUCAGCCUGCAGCUCAGAGCACAUAGAACAGAAUUAUCGAUAGUUCAAAGACGUCGAAGGCAGUUUGUAAGAAAGCUUGCUCCCGAAGCCACAAUUCUCAAAUUUUCUGCGAGCAGGAGGCUUGUGCACCCUUCACAUUUGUUGAAGACCCUCAAAGAGCUUUUGUUUGUAUGGGUUAUAGCUGCUGAUAUUUACCGUAGGAGACAUUCGAAGGGAAAAAUUAAAAAUCCUUAAUUCCUUGUUCAAGGACAACAAGAAGCAUGUUAAUGUAAAUGGCGUUCCUGACGCAAAGCACAUUUCCAAAAGAACGCUCUGUGGGACAAGGAACAUUUCUGCAAAUCCACUUAAUGUCUGGCUUCCUGGAGGCCAGGUGGGUUCUCCCUUCGGCUUCAGCAUUCGUCCUGUUGUGACAGCCUAUGUCACGGAAACGUCCCGCUCUGGUAAAAGCCACUGUUCGCUCGUGAGUGAAUAAGAGAGACAAAGACAAAUGAUGUCUUAGUGUUAUUGAAAAAGGAGCUUAGGGGCGCCUGGGUGGCUCAGUCGGUUAA